AUGUGCCAGCCUGUAGAGGUCAGGCUUCCAGAACCACCUACACCCCCGUCCCCCUCCACCUGCUGCCUCCAACCUGUCGAGACCUUCUUCCCCAAGAAAGAAGCACUUCCCGUCAGAUCAGAGAAUAACACACAAAAGAAAGAAGAGAUCCAACAGGGUAGGCGAAAAAGGAUGGAGGAUGAAGAAGAAGAACAACCAAGAAAGAGAACCCUAGGCUUCAGUACUGACCUGACAAGGAAAUCAGCAUCACUCCAGGAUCAAUGUGAUGCUCUCUGGCACAGAAAUCAUGUAAUGGUUGAACCAGAUGAAGAGAUGUUACUACAGGAUGGUUUCACAUUCACAGGGCUCCUGGAAGGUAAAUUCGACACAUUGUACACAUCGGCCACUGCAAAAAAAGAGGAUAAACACUUGUCUGUAGUGGCCAGCUUUACAGGAGCAUAUACUGAAAAAUGCAUGACAACAAACAGUGGAUGUUCCCAAUAUUACAGUGCAGAAAAUCAUGAUGAUACAAACUCCGACGGCAGAUGCGAAGACAACCCAUGGGGGAGAAAUUUGUUUGAAGACAUGAAUAUUGAAGAGGAUGAGCAUGAAGAUAUCUUAUGCUCAGGAUUACAUUGUGAGAAUGACAAUGUUAAUGGCACUAGUCCAACAAAGCAAUCAAGUGACAGGGCAUCAAAUGAUACUGAUCAGAACGAAAAAUUGUGCGAAGAGGACAUUGAUAAGUUUCUGGAGAAUGAAAAAGCAGGAGUAGAGGAGGGAAAUAAUGAUGCAGUAUUGGAAAGCUUGAAACCUGAGAUUGGGAUGACAUUCAAGACAAGAGAAGAGGGGCAAAAUUUCUUCAACACAUAUUCAUUUGCAGCUGGUUUCUCAGUUGCUAUAGUAUCUGCUUACAGAACUACAAGCAAAAAGCGGAACAAUGAAAUAAUUAGGGUCACAAUGAAAUGCAACAAGUAUGGAAAGAAUAGUGAAGAAGAAACAGAUCAAAUGGUUGCUCAGAGACAAAGCACAGUAAUAGCUAAAACAGACUGCAAAGUAGAGAUGAUUAUCAGCGAGAGAGGUGGCAUUUGGACAAUCAAAACAUUGUACCUUGAACAUAAUCACAGCCUCGACCCCCACAGCAGAUUCUUCAGGUCUCAUGCCUAUAUGACAAAAGAAGAGAAAGCAAUGAUUAGAUCACUGAAGCAGAGCAAUAUACCAACAAGACAAAUAGUUUCAGUGUUGGCUCAUCUCAGAGGAGGGUCAGACCAACUACCAUACGACAAAAAGAAAGUAAGCAACUACAGCACCAGCAUCAACCGAGAACUUAAUAACAGUGACAUGAUGGAGGUCCUUUCAUUCUUCAGCAAAAAACAAGCGGAAGACCCAAGAUUCUACUCUUCAUUCGAUCUAGACAGUGACAACAAAGUGAAAAGUGUUUUCUGGGCAGAUGCUAAAGCAAGGUCAUUCUAUGAGAUGUGUGGGGAUUGCAUUAGCUUUGACACAACCUUCCUGACAAAUAAGUACAACCUCCCAUUCGCUCCAAUUGUUGGCAUCUCCCCACAUGGAAACACAUAUCUGUUUGCGUGUGCACUCAUUGGAAACGAGAAAGCAGAAACAUUUAGAUGGGUUUUCCUGGAAUUCCUAUCAGCUAUGGGUGGGAAACACCCGCAGACAAUCAUAACUGACCAAGAUGCAGCUAUGCAGAAAGCUAUACAAAAGGUCUUCCCGAACACUGUGCAUAGAUCAUGUCUGUUCCAUGUGACAAGCAAAGCAGAAGACCAUCUGCACCCCACAUUUCGGGCAAAUGAUGGCCUUUAUGAGGAGUUCUAUGACAUAAUAAACAACUCCUUAACAAUAGAAGAAUUUGAGAUGCUGUGGCAACAGAUGGUUGACAUGUACCAAGUGGGAAACUUGAAACAUUUCCAGGACUUAUGGGCUUCGAGGAAAAAAUGGGUGCCUGUCUACUUUAAGACAAAUUUCUUGCCCUUCUUGCAGACAACAGCACGAAGUGAGGGCACAAACUCACUUUUCAAAAAGGGUGUUGGAGCAACAUACAGUAUGACCAGUUUCCUGAGGGAAUAUCAGAGAAUAAUGGACUCAAUACAUUCAAAGGAAGCUGAGAGUGAGCACAAUGCAAUACACAAGAAGGUUCGGGAGAAGAAGUUCAUAACAAAGUACUACAUAGAAAGACAAGCGCAUGAUUUUUAUAACAUAUACAUAUUCAGGAAGUUUCAGAAACUACUGAAUGAUGUCACACGACUGCAAAUAAAGGAGGAAAAGAAAGAAGAAUUGUACCUUGUGUACCAGGCAAAAAAUUAUCCCAUAAAGGAGCACCGAGAGAGGGUCUAUGUCGUUGAAGUUGAAAUGAGCAAUGAUUGCUACAACUGUGUUUGCUGCAAAUUUCAAAAGGAUGGUCUGUUAUGCUCUCAUAUAUUGAAGGUUAUGCUUUAUCAAAACAUUGAAAGAAUACCAGAGAAAUAUUUCAUUGAUAGGUGGCGCAAAAAUCACAAAAGGGCAAUCCCAAAAACUCCUACAGAGAAAGUUGCAGACAAUGAUACCCUGAGGUACAAUGUGCUGGCAAGAAAAUUAGUUCACACUGCCUCAAAAGGAUCAAAAAGCAAAAGGAAAUAUGAAUUCCUUUUGAAAGAAAUAGAUAGAAUAGAAGACGAGAUGGAUAAGAUGGAUGAUCAAGACGAGCAUGAGUUGCGUGAGCAGACCACAUCAUCAAGAACAGUGGUGAAUCUGACAACAACAACAACUGAUGAGAACACAAACUCAACAAUAGAACUCAUAGACCCGGAUGUUGCAAAUACAAAAGGGAGACCGCGGCAUUUGACAAUAAGGGAAGCUAUAAAGACAAACAAAUUUUACAAGUGCAGCCAUUGUGGAAGCCAGAGUCAUACUAAGAAAAAUUGCCCCAACAAGCAUCUGCAGUUUGACUUACCAAAAACUAAGAAGCCUCGAAAAUCAAAGAAAGUUGCCCCUGGUGAUCAAGAUGCUGGUGCUGCCAAAAAAACAGCGAGAAGAAGCAAGAAAGCAGAACCAAGCGGGAAGAAGCAAGAUACAGUAGAAACUACCAAGGACCAAAACUUUGUUAAUGCUGGCGACUAA